AUGAAGUAUCCCAACGGGGACACGUACGAGGGCCAGUACGCGAAGCUCGAGGUGGACGACCCCGCCGCGGUCGCCGCGUACGAGGCCGAGAAGGCCGAGAAAGAGGCCGCCGCCGCCGAGGCGGAGCCCCCGGCGGAGGGCGAUGACCCCGCCCCCGCGCCCGAACCAGAGGCGCCCCCCGAGUUUCCCAAGAUCACAACCUCCCUCAGACACGGGACCGGGAAGUACACCUUCGCAUCCGGUGUCGUCUACGAGGGCGAUUACGUCGAGGGAAAGAAGCAGGGCGCCGGCGUCAUGACGUUCCCCGACGGCGGCAAGUACGAGGGCGCGUUUGACAAGGAUUGCAUGGCCGGCGAGGGAGUCUUCAACUACCCUUCGGGCGACGUGUACAGCGGCGCCUUCGCCGGGAACAAGAAGAGCGGCGUGGGCAGCUACAUGUUCAAGGCGUCGCAGUCGCAGUUCAUCGGCGAGUGGGAGGAUGGCGAGUUUAAGCGCGGCGAGUGGGUCCUGAGCGACGGCACCAGCUGGAAGGGCGAGUUCGAAGGGGGCAAGCCCGUCGGCGAGGGCGUCCAGACUUUCGGCAGGACGGGGAACCAGCAGCCGGCGACGUACGAGUACGCCGACGACGGCACGAUGACCGCGCUCAAGUUCUCCGGCACCAUCAGGGCCGGCGCGUGA